AGGUGGAUGAGUGACUGACUCUCCUGCUAAUGUUAACCCCUCCACCCACUUCUUUGAAAACGACAGCCGUGUUUUUUCUCCUCUAAGCUCUUUUUAUUUCCUUCCUGGAUCUCCAUGGAGCAGCCGGACUCUAGCAUCCCGUACAUCAGCAGUAAAGUGCAGCUACAUGGAGUGUUGUGGAAAAGAUCCUCCGGAAGACCAUCAGCCAAAUGGGCUCGAAGGUUCUUCAUUAUCAAAGACAGCUUCCUGCUCUACUAUGCCGAGAAUGAGAAAAGAAACUUCGAAGCUAACAGAUACUUCAACAUUCAUCCAAAGGGAGUUAUCCCUCUAGGCGGAUGUGUGGUCGAGCCAAAGGAGGAACAGGGCAUGCCUUAUGCCAUAGUUAUCAACCAUGAGGAUUUUAAUGGAGAUGUAGUGGUAGCUGCAGAGUCCGAGUCUGAGCAGAGCCAGUGGCUGGAGAUGCUGGAGGAGUCAGGAAAAGUCACCUGGAAGAACGCCCAGCUAGGCGAGGCUAUGAUUGAGAGUCUGGAGGCUCAGGGACUGCAGCUGGCCAAAGAGAAACAGGAGUACCUGGAUAAACUCAUGGAGGAGACUGAAGAACUGAGCUUACAGAGAGAACAGAAGGCGGAACUGGAACGGUUGAAUCAGGUGCUGGAGGAAGAGAAGCAGAGGUUUGAAGACGUCCUGAUGGAUCUGAGAACCGAGCAGGAGCAGAUCAAGCGGGAUUUGGAUGGAACAGUUCGGUCAAUGAAAGGAGUUGAGUCUGAGAAAGAAGAGCUGAACAGACUGACCACUCGACUACAGAAGUCUCUUGAGGAGCUGUCUAAGGAGAAGCAGCGUACACUGGAUAUGCUCAGAAAGAAAGGGAUGGACAGGAUUGGCUCUGGAGACCAGGCUUCUGCUCCUGACCCUAAAUGCCCCAAACCACAGGAGCAGCUACAGGGCAACCUGAGAAACAUCGAGGAGCACAUGAUGUGUCUACUCUGUGAAAAGAAACAGGCAGAAGAGAGGCUGAGAGAGAAUGAGCAGCGAGCUCAUGUGCUGCAGGAGGAGAGAGAGUUUUACUCAGCUCAGGCUAAAGCACUUCAGCAGUCCCUCAGUCAGCUAACAGCUGAUAAACAGCAGGCUGAAGCUGAGCUUAAGGCUGAGAUGGAGUCCAGGGCAGAGAUAGAACGCAGGUUGAAGAUGGCUGAGGAGGCCCUGAAGAACCUGGAACAGGGUUUGAACUGUCUGGAGCGAAGCCGAGAAAGAGACGAGAGGAUGAUGGGAGAUGUCGGCCACCUCCGCAAGUUCUUUGAGGAGUGUAUCUGUGCUGCAGAGAUUGAGGCCAAGCUGCCUGCCAUCAUGAAGAACUCUGUGUACCUGCAUAAAGCUGCUGCUCGCCGAAUUAAAAGCUGUCGCAUCCAGAGACAUGCUUCCAGGCAACACUGGCGGAAACACUCGCUGUCUUUUGCUGGUCCCCAUGGUGAGGCGUCCAGCCUGGAGGACCUGAAAGAGACCACUCGGUGUCUGACUUCGGACAGCUGCUUUAGACAGCACAGCAAAGCCUGCAAGGCCAUCAGCAGACAGAGCACAGUGCAGUCUGAGGACUGAGAUCAGCGUGAGGUAUUGACAGCAACCUGGUCUGAUCAGCGAUCAGUGAGGAAAGAUUUGCACACUUUUUUUUGAUAACUUGUUGGAAAAGUUGUGAAAGGUUAUAGAGUUUAGUAUUACGACAACACAAGGGUUAGUGAUUCAAUUCGAUUUAGUUGUAUUUGUAUAGCGCUUUUAACAAUGGACAUUGUCACAAAGCAGCUUUACAGAAAAUGUCUAAAUUUUAUAUUUAUAGCAAGCCAGAAACGAGGAUGGAGAGUAAAAACUCCCUGAGAUAUUAUGUUAUAUGAUAGUAUGGAUCAUGGUUGGAUCUUUUCUUUCUUUGUGUGAAAUCCUUUGCACUAAUAGAUUCCAGUUCAGAGUGGAUCCACCGCCAGAAAGUCUUGAAAAACUAAACGUCUUUAUACAACCGCUUUCUCUGCUGUAAUAAAUUAUUACUCAUUAUAUACUGUACAUUAUACUGGACAGAGUUCAUUCAGUUUCAUCACAAAUUUAUAUUCUUCAGGAUUUGUUCAUAUUUUCACUAUCCAUUUAGUCCCUGUACAUCGUUAUGUUUUUGUCUAACACAGUUUAAAAAAUCAUUAAUAACACUUAUGACAUUCUUACUGUAAUAUUUGUUUAUCAUUUGUUAAAUUGAAUGCAAUACUAUUUUUACAGGAAGCCAUAUUAAUAACAGUAUA